AUGCUCGCCUCCUCCACCCUCACACUGCUCCUAGCAGCCAUAGCGGGCAUAAUCCCCCUCACCGCCGCUCAACCCUCCUUAUAUCACCGCGCAGAACCCACCCCCUCAAAUAGCACCUGUCCCGCCCAACAAACUCAACUCGAAACCUGCGUCGCAAGCUACCAACCCCAAGUCGACGCCUGCACCAACAACAACGCCGGCCCUGUCGACUACCCCUGCUUGUGCUCCGUCUACACGCAAAAACUCUCUUGCUUUGACAUCUGCCCCAGCUCUCUCGACAAAGUGGAUGUGCAGGACCAACUCGAUGCGUACUGUGCUGCGGCCGCGGAUCCCUGCCAAGCGGAAUGCCUGAACGGGUUUCUGGGGCUGUUGGCACAGUGUGAGGGGGAAGAGGACAAUGCGUGUAUGUGCACGGCUUAUUCGGAUACGUUGGCGUGUUAUGCAAAGUGUCCACUGAGCCCGCCGAAUCCGGAUGCAGAGGAGAGUCGCGAGCAGUUUUGUGCAAAGGCGAGUGCGAGUAGCUCGGUCCCGGCGGCGGCUACGAGUACGUCUGUUUCUGCGUGUGCUGCGCCGAGAGCUACGGUUACUACUACCGCUUACAAUGCGUGA